AUGCCAAGCUUUGUAUCGUCCAAGGCAUUUGUAGAGUCCCAGUUCGAUCUCAUUUCCAGAUAUCUACUUGCGCCACGGCAUGAUCACCCGGAAGAUGAGGUUCGGUAUGAUAUGUUUUGCCUCAGCAGCAUGAGGCCUUACUUCAGUAGCGUUAUAAAACCUGAAUUCGACAGUGGUCCCUUCGUUCUCAGCCAUCCAGAUCUACGACCAAGCAAUAUUAUAGUCAAUGAGGAAAUGAGGAUCGUCGGCUUCAUUGAUUGGCAGUUUGCAAGCGUCGUCCCGCGCCAGCUUUGCACGCCGCCAUCAUGGGUCACCGGCCAUACGUGGACCAACUAUGAUAAGUUAUUCCUCUCAUCAUUUUCUGUCGCCCUGGCCCUUGAUGAUAAACUUCCCGAACAGCCCAAUCGAGAGUGGCGCGACCCAUCGAGUACCUCUCUUCACGUUGCUCAUAUUAUUAGACGCCCUGCCGACCUCAAUCGUGUCUUUCAGAAUUAUUUUGCCAAGGGAAAAGACGCCAGAGAGCUUGAGGAGGCCGAGACCAAACUAUUUCAGGACCCAAAAGUUGCUUCGGAGGCUCAACAAAUAGCGGAACGGAACGCACGAUACACAGAGUACUUGAAAAGCCAGGGAAGAUAUACAAAAGUGGCUUGA